AGAGGGACCGGCGAGACGGCGCUCUCUCAGCCGGGGAAGUACUUACACAUGCCGGCAGACAAAGUGCGGUGGACACGACGAACUUGAGGUAAAUUAAAUGAAUGGAUUCGUUUCUCCGUUCGCCUCGUUUCACCAUGACAACGGAUUGAGUGGGUGCCUGCCAUGGAGAGGAAUAACACCACACAAACUCUGGAGCUGGGUGAAUGUGAGCACGCGUUGGACACCAGCGCGGCGCUGGACAACUGUACGGACGCUGCCAGCGGGAACCUGUCUUUACGCUGCUGGCUGCAUUUGUUGACGAAGGAGUCUAGCUCAACGCUACAAGGUGACGGGUCUAGUUUAGCUGUGCGUGUGAUGAUCGCCCUCAUUUAUUCAGUGGUGUGCGCUCUGGGACUUGUAGGCAACUCUCUGGCGCUCUACCUGCUGCACUCGCGCUACCGGCAGAAGCAAUCUUCCAUCAACUGCUUUGUGAUGGGUCUGGCUCUAACCGACCUGCAGUUCGUCCUAACCCUACCGUUCUGGGCCGUAGACACGGCGUUGGACUUCCGCUGGCCGUUCGGCAAAGUUAUGUGCAAAAUCAUCAGCUCUGUCACGACUAUGAACAUGUACGCCAGCGUCUUUUUCCUGACCGCCAUGAGCGUGGCCAGGUACUAUUCCAUCGCGUCCUCGCUGAAGAUGCACAGCCGGCGAGCGGCGGCGGCCGCGGCCAAAUGGAUCAGCUUGGGCAUCUGGGUCGUCUCUCUGAUAGCGACUCUCCCACACGCCAUUUAUUCCACCAUAGCCCAAGUUGCGACAGACGAGGAGCUGUGCUUGGUCCGCUUCCCCGAAACGGGAAGCUGGGACCCGCAGCUGCUGCUAGGACUGUACCAGUUGCAAAAGGUUCUGCUCGGGUUUCUGAUCCCACUGGUGGUGAUCACCGUUUGCUAUCUCUUACUUGUAAGAAUCGUGCUGAGCCGGAGGAUUAGCGGCGUGGCGGGCUCCGAAAGCGAGCAGGGGCGGCACAAGCGGCGCUCGAAGGUCACCAAAUCGGUUGUGAUCGUCGUGCUGUCGUUCUUCUUGUGUUGGCUGCCCAAUCAGGCACUGACUCUGUGGGGCGUCCUUAUUAAGUUCGACCUGGUGCCCUUCAGCAAGGCCUUCUACAAUGCCCAGGCAUACGCUUUCCCGCUGACCGUGUGCUUGGCCCACACAAACAGUUGCCUCAACCCGGUGCUCUAUUGCUUGAUCCGCCGCGAAUUCCGAGCCGGACUUAAAGAGCUCCUGCUGAGGGCCACGCCGUCCUACCGAAGCCUUGCGCGCCUGCUCCCACGCAAGGCCAAAGUAGCCGAGGCACCUCCUGUACUGGUUCUCGUGCAGAUGGAUGUUUGAAGAAGCGGAUCCUUCAACGUUCGUCUUUGUUUUUGAUUGACAGGACGAAGCAGGCGUGAGGAACGUCCUUUGGGAGCUGCCCCACUUUCCCUUCCGCUCGUUCAGAAACACUUUUGCGCAUUUGUCUUUCUCUCUCAACUUCCACGUACCUUUCGACGCACGGCCGCUUUCACGUGCACCUCCGGUCAUCGGAGCCACCGGGGAAUUCGACCCGUUCACCUUUGUUUGCUUUUCUGCACAUUAGCAGCACAGCUUAAGGAUUUUUUUUUUUUUUCCCGAGACAUCCUUCAAGGGAGAGAUAAAUUAUCCAUGUGUGUUUUUCAGGCUCUGAAAAAAGAAGAAAAAAGAAUGAUAUAGAACGGUCUGGUCUUCUCUCAUUUUAUGAGAUGAAAAAAAUGUGUGGGGGAUCACUGGUUAACCCAUAAAUCAUUGAGUGCACUGUCAAUUAUGAAUUUACUUGCAGUCGUGUAGAAUUGAAUGAAGUUUCGCACUUUGAUUUGUCUUGAAGGUGUAUUUAAUCCUAGGUUGUACAAAAAAAACUAAACUGAUAAAAUGUUUAAGUACGUAGCUGGCAGACGAAAUAAUAAUUUUGUGAAUCGCCAUCGACCAGUCAAACCGUGCAAGUGAUAUGAUCAUCUCUUAUGUUUUCAAUUUGACCUAUAACUGUGUUAUUUCCAAUUAUUUAAAUUAGUAUUAAACCAUGUAUAUCAUUAUUUAUUUAUUUCUAUAAACACACCACAUUAGAUUACCAUAUGUGAGCCAUUAAUGGAUAGCUCACUUAAAAAAAUGACAUUUUGUGAAUUUACUCAGCCUCAUAUUGUUUCAAAUCAACCUCAUGCCUAGAAAACACUAAAGGAGAUAUUCGACAGAAUGUUCAAGCUGCUCUCUCGCACUGUGAGCGGAUGGGGACCAAGGUUAAAAAGAAGAAAAGCAAUAUAAAGCAUCAUAACGUUUGUCACGAAACCUUAAAAAAAAGCUAUUUUCGAUUUCUUAAGGCAUUUGAAAUCCUCUGUGAGGAGCGGCCUGUAAUUUAAGUUUAAAAUCUGACCUGAGAGCAGUGUAGUCACCAUUCACUUUCACUGUAUGAAAAACAGCAGCUGGGAUAUUCCGCUAUAAACCAUUUUAUUCUGAACGGGAUUUGAAAGACGUGAGGUGGAGUAAAUAACAGAAAGUGCUUGCUGAAAUCUUUCUUAUGUUGGCUAUAUCCUCAGGGACUUCAUCAAAAACAUACAGCUUUGGCAUAAAAUAUCUUUGUAGGAAUAUAUUGUACAAUAAAUCAUUUUGGGACUCUUAAGUACCCAUUCAAACAGAAUAAAAAAUUCAAUCCAAUAUAAUUAGUUAUAUGGUUUCAUUGACAACAAAAUUUGAGGCCUAAUUAAAGAGCAUUGGCUUAACGAUCACAUUAUUUAUGAACUUUUAUUUAUAUUUGUCAGUCAUUUAUUGAGCCUAAAUAUAUUCUUGCAUCAUUUCACAGUCAAUAUACAUCCGUAUGCCAUUGUAGGCUUUGAGGCUUUAGUGUUUUCGUACCACCUCAUACGCACACUCGCACAUGCCUUGCACGCACAAAGAAUAUCUUAUAGUAAAACGAUUUUAGCCUGGAAUCAUUAAUCAUUAGUCCCGCAAUCUUCUGAAACUCUUCCAAGGACAUUGUUCCACUGACCGAACCUUUUCAGAUGAGACAGAUUCGUCAAUUUAAGCCAAUAUCGCUGGUUUAUCUCCUCAAUGUCAGUGCCAGGUUAUGAUUUAGGGAAGACUGGGACAAGUUGUUACACUUUUUUACAUUUUUUCUCAAUAUGCUAAUCACCCUAUAUUGGGUGGAUUGAAACAGGAUUUUCAGAUACAUGUAUAUUAAAUAUCAUUAAUGAUAUAUACAUGAACACUUAAACACUUAAUAAAUAUAUUGCCUAUAACUAUUGCCAUCAGAUACGAAUAAUAAACUCUAUACAUUUAUAGCACUUAAAAGUGACAACUUACGCCAACCCUCCUAUGACCGAUGGAAACUGUGGCUACAUUUUCAAUUAUUAAUCUUUCUGUUGUUACCAUAUAUGAAUAUAUAAAGAACUCCUAUCUGUAAGAGAGAAUAAGCCCAGCUGUGAGUGUCUCCGUCUAGGUGUUGAGGGCAUGCAGAUGAGCUGGUGCGAGAGACCAUUAAUGAGCCGAACUGAUUUAAAGAUCUGAAUCUCAACUCAACUCUGCUGUAUAAUUACUUGCGGUGACAUUUUGCUCCAAUGUCAGGGGUCAGCGGUGUGCUUUGUUGUCAGUAUAUUGAAGCCCUUUGGGUGUGUUUUUUCCUCAAUGUCUGUACGAAGUGUAACGAUAUCAUGUUGUUUGUAAAAAUAUAUAUUAUACUAACCGAAUUUGCAAAAAGCUCUUAGACGGAAAUAAAUCUCGCAUAAAUUUUGAUAAAA